AUGACACGUGUUUUUGGUGCACCUGGUAAGGCGCUUGUGGCUGGGGGAUAUUUGGUCCUUGACCCAGAAUACAAUUCUUACGUGACUGCUCUUUCCAGCAGAAUGCAUGCUCGGAUUCAACUGGACCCUGUGACAGAUACUUACUCUAAAAUUACGGUCAGCUCUCCUCAAUUCAAUGGGUUUUGGGAAUAUACGAUAGCUCAUGACACAGGCUUCUUCAAGACAAAAACUAGAAUUGGUGGCAGGAAUCCUUUUAUAGAAGAGACUGUCAAGGUUUUGCUUGCAUAUGUCGAGCCACAGAAGCUUUUUAACUUCCAAAUCACGUUGUUUUCCGACCCUGGAUUCCAUACACAAGAUGACACUGAACAGCGCUACUCGGAUAACUCCAAGAAGAUGUUUCUCUACCACAAGAAGCCAAUUGAGCAAGUCUCAAAGACAGGUAUGGGUCUGUCUGCGGGUCUUGUUUCGGUUGUUUCUGCCGCUUUGCUAGCCACGUUUUUGGCCAAGCCUGCUUCAGAUAUCAUUCACAUCAUUCAUAACGUGUCCCAAAUAGCACAUUGUGGGGCUCAAGGUAAGAUAGGAUCGGGCUUUGAUGUGGCGGCCGCAGUCUAUGGCUCCAUUAUCUACAGAAGAUUUUCGCCCAUGGUCAUUAGUGAGAUACUUGACCAGCAAUUUUCCAGUGAGUACUGCGCGUCUAUCAAGAAAAUAGUGAACACUGAAUGGGAUUUUGUCCAUUCUAGCUGUUCUCUUCCCCCAGGUCUUCGUUUGAUUAUGGGUGAUGUAAAUGGCGGCUCAGAAACUCCGAGACUAGUGUCGCAAGUUUUGAAUUGGAGGAAUAAAGAUGAGGAUAGUGUUUCAGUUUACGAAACUUUGAACUUGGCAAACUGUAGAUUCAUGGCAGAGCUACAGAAGUUGAAUGAGUUUUCGAGUCAGAAUCCUUCAAAGUACAAGCAAGAAUUGGAGGCUGGUACACUAUUCAUGAAUCUUUCCAAUUGUAUUGCCGCGAUUAGAGAGGGCUUGCAGUUGCUUACGUCAAAAUCAGGGGCUGAUAUCGAACCGCCGGAGCAAAAGCAUUUGCUUGAUAAAUGCGAAGAGCUUCCAGGCUGUUUGGGUGGUGUGGUCCCUGGCGCAGGGGGCUAUGAUGCUAUUUGCCUACUUGUGGACUCCUCGCAGGUAGCAAAUUUGAAACAAACGACAAGACUAGAUGAAAGUUUCGCCUCUGUCACGUGGUUAGAGUUGACUGAAGAAUCGCAAGGCAUUGUUGAGGAGUUAGCUGAGGAUUAUUUCGGUUUAUAA